AAAAUUUCGCUUUUAAUUUGCCUAGUCAAUGGCAAGUAAAUAUUUAUCAAUCAGCACCGCAAUUCUUUAAUUGGUAUAUAAAGUCUAGAAGCGUUUAGAAGGUACCAGUCCAUUUUGGUCUUAGUUAUGAAGUCGUUCGUCUUUGUUAUCGUCCUGGUAGGACUAGCCGCAUACUGCAAAGCCUUCUCGAUCGGUGGCUUUAUCAGUUCUGUUGCUAAACAUCAGAGAGAAAACGUACAAUUGGGUCGUGAUCAAGCUAAAAGUAACAUCAACCAAUUGGCAGAAGACAUCAAAGAAAAUACAAAUGCUAUCCUCAGUGGUAAUCUCCUCGGAGCUGCAUUGACGAUAACCAAGAAUUCCGUUAACUUGGGUAAAACUGUUUUCGACCAACAAAUUAAUAAUAACCAAAAAUACAUUGAUGACGCUAAACAGGAUUUGAAGCAUCUCAAUCCAUUUCGACCAAGGCCAAGACCGACAACCCCUCCACCACCACCUCCAGCUCCAAAAACAACACCACCUCCACCACCAGCCCCGACAACCACCUCAAGACCAACACCGAAAACUACUCCACUUCCACCACCAGCACCGAAAACUACUCCACCUCCACCACCACCACCACCAGCACCGAAAACCACUCCACUUCCAGCCCCAGCUACAUCAACUACUCCACUUCCACCUCCAGCACCGACAACAAACAAACCUGUAGAAGAAAUAAUCACAGUAGCCACUGAAAAAACUCCUGCUCCUGUUGGAAAAGAAACCCCAGCUCCUGAAGAACCAGAAACCCCAGCACCUGAAGAACCAGAGACUCCAGCCCCUGAAGAACCAGAAACCCCAGCACCUGAAGAACCAGAGACUCCAGCCCCUGAAGAACCAGAAACACCAGCACCUGAAGAACCAGAAACCCCUGUCCCUGAGAAACCAGAAACACCAGCUCCUGAGGAACCAGAAACACCAGCCCCUGAAGAACCAGAGACUCCAGCCCCUGAGGAACCAGAAACACCAGCUCCUGAGGAACCAGAAACACCAGCUCCUGAGGAACCAGAAACACCAGCCCCCGAAGAACCAGAGACUCCAGCUCCUGAGGAACCAGAAACACCAGCCCCUGCGAAACCAGAAACACCAGCUCCUGAAGAACCAGAAACACCAGCCCCUGAGGAACCAGAAACACCAGCACCCGAGGAACCAGAGACACCAGCUCCUGAGGAACCAGAAACACCAGCUCCUGAGGAACCAGAAACACCAGCUCCUGAGGAACCAGAAACACCAGCUCCUGAGGAACCAGAAACACCAGCUCCUGAGGAACCAGAAACACCAGCUCCUGAGGAACCAGAAACACCAGCUCCUGAGGAACCAGAAACACCAGCCCCUGAGGUACCAGUUGCAGAACCAGAAACUCCAGCUUCUGAAGUACCAACUGUAGAACCUGAAACCCCAGUGCCAGCUAAAAGGCAGGGAUGGAGUUUAUCUGGUUUAGCAAAAAAAUUGUGGGGAUGAAUUAAUUAGAAGGAUUUCAAACAAAAUAAAAUUUUUUCGAUAUCAGUUUGUAUAAAAAAUAGAUGCAAUAAUUAAAUAUUGUUUAUUAGUAAUUAAACAAAAUAAAAUGAAAUUCCUCUUUAAAAUAAAUAAAAAUAAGUUUGGUGAUACAUACAUG